AUGGAUCCAGACGCGUUGGCAAAGGCAUUCGUAGAGCACUACUACUCCACCUUCGACACCAACCGAGGGGGCUUGGCCAAUCUCUACCAGGAGGGUUCCAUGCUCACCUUCGAAGGCCAGAAGAUCCAGGGCGCUUCCAACAUCGUCGCCAAGCUCACUUCCCUCCCUUUCCAGCAGUGCCACCACACCAUCUCCACCGUCGACUGCCAACCUUCCGGUGUCAACGCCGGCAUGCUCGUCUUCGUCAGCGGCAACCUCCAACUCGUCGGUGAACAACACACUCUCAAAUUCAGCCAGAUGUUCCAUUUGAUACCAACUCCCCAGGGAAGCUAUUAUGUGUUGAAUGACAUAUUCCGUUUGAACUAUGCAUGA